UGAAUUAUCUCCCAUUCAUGGUUGUUUUUUUCAAAGAAACAUGCUACAUCGUCAGAUACCGAGUCAGAUACAUGUACAAGAAAAGUAAAACUAUAGCUAAAUAAACAGGUCUAAAAGACUAAAAUAUAGCAUGUAUGUUGUUUAAAAGAGGCCUUAAUUAACACAAAAAGAUCGAAAUACCUGUACCGAAGGCGGAUGAAAUCAAAUAGUUAUGGAUGGAACACCUUACAGUUUUGAUAUUGAAAGGAUUGUAGAGCCUUACAAACACGACAAAUCUGAUAUGGAUAAUGGUAAACCAUGUUAUAUCGAUGUUGGUGAAAAUGGCGAGGCUUUAAAAUCUGAUUUAGAAGAAGAACAUAUUCAAACCAAUACAUGUAACGAGCUAUUAUUAGAAAACGAUUCUUCUAAGACACUCAUUCAAAAAUACACUAAGGUCAGACCUUAUAAAUGUGAAACUUGCGGCAAAACAUUUUCUCAGACCAGUAACUUAAAGAGUCAUAUUAAAAUGCAUACCGGUGAAAAGGCAUAUAAAUGCAAUGUAUGUGGUAGAGGCUUUCCUUAUAAAAGUGUUUUAUUGGGUCACAUGAAAAUUCAUUCUGAUGAAAGGCCCUUUCAUUGCAAUUUUUGUAGUAAAAUGUUCCAUCGUCUUGGUAAUUUACGGACACAUGAAAGAAUACAUACAGGCGAAAAACCUUAUAAAUGUGAAAUUUGUAGUCAAGGUUUUUUUUGGCAAAACAAGUUGUUCAAACAUAUGUCAAAGCAUACAGAUCAUCGUUACAAAUGUGAUGUAUGUGAGAAACAAUUUGUAUGGAGUGAUGACUUGUUGAUACACAGAAAAAUUCAUACAGGUGACACGUCAUAUGAAUGUGAAAUUUGUGGUAAAGGUUUCAAUAGAACAAGUGUAUUAAAUAGACAUAGGAAAACACAUACUGGUGAAAAACACUUUUAUUGCGAGAUUUGUCGGAAAAGGUGUUCAACAGCCUGGGACUUAAAGUUACAUAGGGAAAUUCAUUCUGACAAAAAACCGUUCAAGUGUGAUCUAUGUGAAAAAUCAUUCAGGCGUAAAGAACACUUCAAUUCACACGUGGCUAUACAUACAGGUGACAAACCUUAUGCAUGUAAUGUAUGUGGAAAACAUUUCAGCCGCAAUGGAAACUUGAAGGUGCAUUUGAGAACCCAUUCUGAUGAAAAGCCUCACACUUGCAGCAUCUGUGGAAUAAGAUUUCGACAAAAGCACACAUUGAAGACGCAUAUGAGAAUACAUACUGGUGAAAAACCGUAUAAAUGCAAUUUAUGUGGAAGAGAAUUCUCUGAAAGUGGGACCUUAAAAAGACACACAAAAACGCAUACGAAGGAAAAACUGUUCGAGUGUUAUGUAUGCAAGAAACGUUUUGCUACAAAACAUAACAUUGAAAAUCACAUGCAAACACACAAAGGUGAGAAAUCAUACAUAUAUGUGACACAUGUGGGAAAUGUUUUACCAGUAAUGUGAAACUGUAUGGACACAUAAAAAUACAUGCAGGUGACCAACUCCAUGAUUGUAACGUAUGUGGUCAAUUAUUUGGUGAUUUCGAUACACACAUGAGAACACACUCUGGUGAAACACGUUUAUAUCAAUGUGUUGUGUACACGUAACACAGGAUUUAAUACAAACACCAACGUGCGAUCACAUAUGAAGAGUCAACAUGUUGGCAUAAAACCAUAUAUUUGCGGUGUCUGAAAUAAAUCCUUUCCACAUGACGCAUUUAAAACCAUUUGAAAAUGCAUACUGGUGAAAACCAAGUAACGUGAUAUAUGUGACAAAAUAUUUUGCUCUAAUAGAUUAUUACAGAAUCACAGGAGAAUACAUACAGGUGAUAAUCCUUUUAGAUGUAGUAAAUGUGAAGAUAUGGUUCGCUCAGCUGUUUCACUAAAUAAUCACAUGAGAAUCCCGUAGUCUAAAGACCUGAUGUCUAAUAGAGUGAUAUGUGGUAUUAAACACAGGAUGAUCAUCAACUGUUUAGAGUGAUAUGUGAUAUAAUUACAAUUAUUGUAAACACAGGAUGAUCACCAACUGAUAAUAGUGAUAUGUGAUAUAAUUACAAUUUUUGUAAACACAGGGUGAUCAUCAAUUUGUAAAUGAAUGAAUUUUAUUCUCACAAAACUACAUGUCAUAGUUACAAAGAAAAUAUAUAUCGACAACAUUGUACAAUUACAUAUAUGUAUAUAAACAUGCACAUGUGUGAACAAACGUAACUUAACUUGGAGUACUGCCUUUCACCUUUAUUAUUUUUAUAAACUUACAUAAUUUUUCAAAAAUGAUAGUAUUGUCUUCAUUAAAUAAAUCAUAAAAUU